ACGUGAUAUUGUGAUACAGAGAAUGCAAAGAUGGGACGAGGCUACUACAGUUGUGUGAUUCUGUUCGGUUUCCUAGGAUUAAUGCAAUAUGUUCGUGGAGAUAACGAAAGAUUAUGCCUUACAAAGGAAGUUAACUGUCAGGGUAAAGAAUACUUCCCAAGAUUCGAUGGAGCUUGCAACAAUCUUAAACAUCCAACCUGGGGCGCAACGGACACCCCCUUACCACGAAUGCUUCCGUCAGAAUAUUCGGAUCUAUACGGCAAACCUCGCACGAGUCAAUCUGGACAAGUUUUACCUUCCACAAGAAAAGUUUCAAAUCUUCUAAAAGAGUCGAGAAAAAAUAUUUCGCCUGAUAUUUCUCACAUGCAUGUAUUGUUUGGCCAGCUCUUAGCACACGACAUAGUGCACACGCCAGCUAUCAAGAAAAGUGAUGGCACAAAGCUAGACUGCGACUGCGGUAUGCCACACAAAGACUGCUUCAAUAUUGAUAUUCCGAAAGAAGACGAACAAUACAGGACAAGCGGAAAAAAAUGCAUGGAAUUUUCUCGAUCUAAACCUGCUGUAGGUAUUGGGGGCUGUAGAUUUUCCAAGCGUCAGCAAUUAACGACGAUGUCAAGCUUCAUUGAUUUGACCUUCUUGUACGGAAAAUCUGAAAAAGAAUGCAACGAGCUUCGCGAUCCGUUGAUUCCAGGUGCGAUGAGGAUGCAAGCUGACCCAGCUGGAGGACAUCAUGGAGUUCUACCUAACCAGUGGCAAUUGCAUGGAAUGAAUAUUUCAGAUUCCAUGGAUUGCCCCAUGAAAGUCCAUGAGCCCUUGAAUUCGCCAUGUUUUGUAGCUGGUGAUGUUAGAGUGAACGAAAAUCCGGGAUUAGUAUCGAUACAAACUAUCUUCACACGGUAUCAUAAUUACGUGGCACGAGAGCUAAGGUCGAAGAACCCUUUUUGGACAAGUAAUACAAUUUUCAAUACGGCGCGAAGGAUCAUGACAGGAAUAAUGCAAUCAAUUACUUACAGAGAAUACGUUGCUCCAUUGUUAGGACCCGUGUGGACCAAGCGCUUUGAUUUGAACCUUUUAGAUCACGGAUAUUGGGAAGGUUACGACUCUGACUACAAUCCAUCAAUUAGCAAUGAGUUCACAACUGCAGCUUUCCGCUUUGGACAUAGCCAGGUUGCUGAAAUAUUGAGCCGACCGGAUGUGUUGUUCCGGCAACAAAAGCACAGAGACGUUAAAUCCGCCGGCACAUUUUUUAGUAGCGUCCCUUUGCUGGAACGUAAUGGAGGUGGUCCAGGUGCUUUUAUGCGAGGUUUCAUGGUGGACAAUGCCGAAAAAACUGACGCAACGUUAGUCGAUGCUUUGAGAAACCAACUAUUUACAGAAGUCGGGAAAAGAUAUGGUGACGACUUAUUUGCAAUCAAUGCACAGCGUGGCCGGGAUCAUGGAUUAUCAGGUUAUAAUAAAUAUAGGACACUUUGUGGAAUGACAAAAGCCACCCGCUUUUCUGACCUUUCAAAUGAAAUACCAUGGAAUACGAUUCAAAAAUUACAAGCAGCGUACCAAAGUGUUGAUGAUAUUGAUUUGUAUGUUGGUGGACUUGCAGAAAACAAUGUACCUGGAGGACAGGUCGGGCCAACAUUUGCUUGUAUCCUUGGAUACGCAUUCCGUGCCCUGAGGAAAGGAGACCGGUUUUGGCACGAAGACGGAAACUCAGAACAAAAGUUCACUGCGCUUCAACUUCGUGCAAUAAGAGACACAACCUUCGCGAGAUUAUUGUGCGACACAUCGGAGGACAUGCAUUAUGUAGUCCAGUAUCCGAUGCUCAUGAAUCAAGGGAAUCACGGUAACAUCAUUCCUUGUUCAAAUAUCCCGAAAUUAGAUAUUUCUGCGUGGAUGUCGACCACUGCGAAGAAUAGAUUUGAGUACGUUUACCCAGGCGGUGUUGAAUGGACUGCUUGGUUCAUAACAAAUGAACAAAGCGUGUGGAGACUAGACGAACAUGCCUUCAAGCAUCGCAUGACAAUGGAAAGGCCUCAUCAAAUUUGUAACAAAUAUCUGGAAACGCAAACUAGGUAUGUUAGAGGAGACUCGAAUUUACAGAUCCGGUAUUCCUGUCAUCCUGGCACAAUUGGACUCACCGACUUUCCACAUGAACUUUCAGACAAAUACUACUGGACGCAAUGGAUUUACAGUCAAACCGUAAAAAGUAAUAAUUUUGGGUGUGAGAACCUCGUCGCUAUACAGGCAAAGACACAAUUUGGGAACAAGUUUGCCAGCGAAACUGGAGAUGUGUUCGAGCAUUUUGGGCCAAAUGCCGGAUUUACAUGCAAAGAUAAGCACCAAUUGAAUGGAAAAUGCAACCAGUACAAGGUCAGAGGCUUAUGCCAACGGGUACAAAAGAGUUAUGGAUCGAUGGAUUCUUCCUUCGAGUCGUUAAAGAAAGAAAAUGCUCUAGACCCCAAUAAAAUGGGUGUGCCUUUAUCUGUAUUGCACACAAAGUCUGCCUUCUGCGAACUAUUUGGGAUAUGUUGUGAUAAUGUCCGGAGUAAACACGUUAAAAACGUCGUUCCAUCGUCGGUACUUCUAUCUGCUCAGUAUAUGUGCAAGGAAUACAGACAAUGUUGUGAUGUAUAACA